GCCGUCGUCUACAAGUUUUCUUGUGCGCCGAGACGUGGCUGCAGGCGCACGAGAGGUGAUCGAGCAUUCGAGCCGACGCGCGCGCAGCAAGCAGCACCGUACCCGAGUUUCUCGCCAUGGGCGGCAGCAAGCACAUCGUGCUCGUCCACGGCGCGUGCCUCGGCGGCUGGUCCUGGUUCAAGGUGGCCACCCGGCUCCGCGCCGCGGGGUACCGCGUGGACGCGCCGGACCUGGCGGCGUCGGGCGUGGACCCGCGGCCGCUCCGCGAGGUGCCCACGUUCCGGGACUACACGGCGCCGCUGCUGGACCUCCUCGCGGCGCUCCCGGCCGGGGACCGCGUGGUGCUCGUCGGCCACAGCCUCGGCGGCCUGAGCGUCGCCCUGGCCGCCGAGCUGUUCCCGGACAAGGUCGCCGCCGCCGUGUUCCUCUGCGCCUUCAUGCCCGACUGCGCCGCGCGGCCGUCGCACGUGCUCGAGAAGUUCGUGGAGGGGAAGUGGCUGGACUGGAUGGACACGGAGAUGAAGCCGCAGGACGCGGAGGGCAAGCUCCCCACGUCCAUGAUGUUCGGGCCCCGGAUCCUGCGGGAGAAGUUCUACCAGCUCUGCUCGCCCGAGGACAUCACCCUGGCGUCGUCCCUGAUGCGGGUGAGCUCGAUGUUCGUGGAGGACCUGGCCGCCCAGCAGCCGUUCACCGCGGGCGGGUACGGCUCGGUGCGCAGGGUGUACGUGGUGUGCUCGGAGGACUACGGCAUCGUGGAGGGGUUCCAGAGCUGGAUGGUGGAGAACAACCCGGUGGAGGAGGUGAGGGAGAUCGCCGCCGACCACCUGGUGAUGCUCUCCAGGCCCGACGAGCUGGCGCGGUGCCUCGCCGACAUCGCCGACAAGUACGCGUGAUGAAUGAUGAUGAUGAGGAAGAUCGAUGCUCGAUAGAUCUGCCGCUGCGUGGAUGCAUGGUGUUCUGUUGUGAUCAGCUUUCUUUUCUUUCUUAAUCAAAAAAGAAACCUUGGAGAACUCGAGCCUGUUGUUUCGAAAUGAGAUUGAAGUUCACGGUGUGGCGAGCAAUUGACCAAUCGUGGAUGUUUAUUAA